AUGUCGGGAAGCGCGGGCUACGAUAGGCAUAUCACUAUAUUCUCCGAUCAGGGGAGGUUGUAUCAAGUUGAAUAUGCUUUCAAAGCCAUCACAGCCGCCAACAUCACAUCGCUCGGAGUUCGAGGCAAGAACUGUGCUGUAAUUAUAUCGCAGAAGAAAGUUCCGGAUAAGCUCAUCGAGCCGUCCUCCGUAUCCCAUGUCUUCAAGAUUUCCCCGUCUGUUGGGUGUGUUGUGACUGGAUCGAUAGCAGAUGGAAGAGCACAAGUUACCCGGGCACGAAGUGAGGCCGCGGAGUUCGAGUACAAGUUCGGAUAUGAGAUGCCAUGUGAUGUUCUCGCAAAACGCCUUGCCAAUAUCAGCCAGGUGUACACACAAAGGGCCUAUAUGCGACCACUAGGUGUUGCAACGACUCUGAUCUCGGUUGACUCUGAAAAUGGCCCUCAGCUAUUCAAAUGUGAUCCAGCAGGAUAUUACGUUGGAUAUCGUGCCACCGCCUCCGGGCCAAAGCAGCAGGAGAUUAUGAACCUAUUGGAGAAGAAGCUGAAGAACAAAGAAGACGGAGGUGCAAACUGGGAGGAGGUGGUGGAGCUGGCAAUAACGACAUUGGGGACUGUGUUGAGUGUUGAUUUCAAGAAAGGUGAGAUAGAGGUUGGCAUUGUGGGGGGCCCCCGUCCAGAUGGAAAGGAAGAUGUGCGAGUCGGCUUGAUAAUCGACCCGCGCGCCAGGAAACCUGAAAAGGCACCCUUCCCCCUGCAUAAGACACAAGAACCUAUGAAGAGCAGAAGCAGAGCAGCUUGA